AUGCCAGCCAACGACCUCGAGAAGGGGGACCAUACCGCCGGUGAGCGUUCGCAGGGUGUCACCAAGUGGGAUUUGUUGCGCCGCCUCGGUAUAAGAUAUUCUUCCGAGCAACACCAACAUGAUCAUAAGGUUCUGGAGGAGGAUGAAACCGAUGUUCGCGCCCUCGAGUGCGCUGUCAAGGGAUGGCCGAGGAUAGCAACAUUCGUUGACAGCGACCCGAACUUCAUGAUCUUUCGACGUUUCGGAUUCCUGAGGACGAGGCUGCUGUUGUGGCAUCAAGAUGUCCUCCGAGAAAUGGAGUCCAGGCUUGACUACCAGGACAUGCAGGACGCCGCAUCGCCAGGCACACGGCGCUAUCUCUCGAACAGGGAUGGCGACGAUAUGCGAACCCCAGCUGUCCGCAAGGUUUUGUUUCAGGAGCUUGAUACGCAAUUGAAAGCUUAUGUAGAUGACCUUUUGUCUCGGUCGGCAGCCAUGUACCAGUGGCAAAGGCCUGACGAAGAGGACCGCGCGAGUAUCGCCAAUUUGAUUUAUAAUGACGGAAGCCUCGCUCGAAGAGACAGGAGCUGGAUCAGGAAGAUCGAUGACUUGAUUGUUCUUGGUGGAGAACAAAACUCUACCUGGGUCCACGGUCUGGUCAGCCACCUCUUCACAUGGACCAGCAGGUCCUUAGUCAGAUGCUUACUGCGCAGCAAAAUCCAGGACCGGAAACUCGAAGGGUCAGCAAUACAUGUCCAGCUGUAUGAGAGAAAGCGCUUCAACCGGGUAGUCGGAUUUCUGUACACCAUUGUCAUUGUAGCCUUGAUCAUGUGUCCUGUCUUGGUCCUUUACAGGUUGCGACACCUGGAUGGGUACGCACAGAACUUGUUGGCGUUUGCAUUCACGAUCGCCUUUGCCUUGCUCUGUUCGACUGCAACGGCCGCAAAGCAACACGAGAUAUUCGGGGUGACUGCAGCCUACUGUGCGGUACUUGUAGUCUUUACUAACCAAAACACAAAUGGCGACACGCAAGCGCCGACAACGAUCCCACAGACGUCAUCUUGA